AUGUAGUAUAAACAGGAUAACAAUGCAAAUUAGUUUCAAAUAAUAUAUCCUUAAAGAAAUAAGCCAUAUUCUUAAGAUAAUAAAUAAAAUACUCUUCCAAAAUUAAAACAUUACUUAUAAGAAGUUGAAUAAAAUAAUGGAGUUCUUAAUAAGAUAAAAGAAUAGGGCAUCAAAUUUGCAGAUAAAAUCAAUAAUUAUUUUUAAGUAUUAUCUCCAUAAAUCAAAAACCAUAAUGAAUAUUUAGAUAUGAAAUUAAAAUAUAAUGAUGAUGAAUAAUUAAUCCAAAAAUAAAAUACUUAAUAGAGAAACUAAAAAUCAUAUGAUUUACUAUCUUCUAUUGUUUUUGAAAUUAGAUCUUUAAGAUCUAUUUGCAAAUUAUCAAAUUAAUAAUCAUAGUAUCUUCCAGGGAUGAUAAGUAUUAAAACAAAAGAAAGUUAAAUAGGAUUAAAUGAAAGAAGUAUUGGUGUUGAUUUAGUAAAUAUUUUAAUUUACAAUAGAUUUGCUUAAUUGACAAAAGUGGAAGUAUGAGAGGAGAAAAAAUUAAAAUGGUUAAAAAGACAUUAAUACUUUUGCUUGAUUUUUUAGGUGAAUAAGAUCGUCUAUAAAUCAUUACUUUUAAUGAAUAAGCUUAAAGAUUAACUCCUUUAAAAUGUUUAACAGAGAAAAAUAAACAAUAUUUUCAAUCAAUUAUUUCAUAAAUCCAACCUAGAGGAUUGACUAAAAUUUCUAGUGCUACUCAUAUAGCAUUUAAAUAAUUAGAUGAUAAAUUAUAUAGAAAUAAUGUUAGCUCUAUAUUUUUAUUAUCAGAUGGACAAGACAGAGAAGCAUUGUUUGAGAUAUCUAAUUAAAUUAAGCAUAUAAAAUAAGUUUUUACAUUAUAUACUUUUGGAUUUGGUGAAGAUUAUGAUGCAUAAUUGAUGACAUCUAUUUGUAAAUUAAAAAAUGGAUACUUUUAUUUUGUUAAGGAUAUCACAUUACUAGAUGAAUAUUUUGCCCAUGCUAUAGGAGAAAUAGUUUCUGUAAUUGCAGAAUAAAUAUAAAUAAAUAUAUCUUCAAUAUCCAUAAAACCUAUGUAAGAUUUAUAGAUUUCAAAGACUUAUGGUAAUAUGUGGAAAUAAAGAGGACAUAUAUAUGAUAUAAAUAUACCUUAAUUAGCAUCUGGUACAAGAAAAGAUUUUGUAUUUGAAAUUUAAAUACCUUAAAUUGAUUCUAAAAUCUUAGAUCAUGAAAGAGUUGUAAAAGUACUAGAAGCCAGUUUAAGUAUGAAAGAUCCUAUAAGUGGAGAAAUUAUAAAAAAAUCUGCUGCACUUAAUUUAACUCUAUUUAAUUAAGAUGAAAAUGUAGAUGUUAUUGAAGAAUGUACUGAUGUUUAUUCUCAAUAUUUAAGAGUAAAAAGUACAGAAACUAUUGAUAAUGCAAAAUAAGCUUGUGAUUAAAAUAAUUUUGUAGAAGCUUAAAGAUUAUUAGACAAUAUGAUGAUACAAAUAUAGAAAAAUAAUCAUAAAGUAGUUUAGAAAUGUACUGGAAUUAUUUAAGAUAUAAAUUAAGCUAAAUAAGCUUCUUAAAAGAUAUAAUAUAAUACUUUUGGUUCAAAAUAACUAUGUUAAAUGAUUGUUAAUAAUUAUGCAUAAGGAGGUAUAAAUUCCAUAUUUUCAUUUGAUGGAAAAUAAUUAUAAUAAUUGAAAUCAUCUUAAUUUUUAAAUUUAACCUAAUAAACAAUGAUAAAAAUAGUAUAAACUAAGAAAGCUUAAUAUUGA